CAGUGAGAGAGAGAGAUGAGAUCAAUUGUCAAUUGUUCUUACUGAAUAAAUUAAUUUUGUUUGUGAACUUUUCGUAGAAUUGCUGAAUUUUAAGAUACGAGGGGAAAAUUAAUAGACCAAAUAUUAUCAUAAGUCCUUAAUAAAAUUUCCCGUAAUGUCAGAGUCGUCAAAAUCGAAGUCUUUGAAUAUAAAUCCCACUCCAACAUUGCAAUGCAAAGAUCUACACGAAUAUUUAAAAAGCCGCACGCCACAGUUUUUAGAGACACUCUAUAAUUAUCCCACUAUUUGUUUGGCUGUCUACCGUGAACUACCAGAAUUGGCUCGACACUUCGUGAUCCGCUUGUUGUUUGUGGAGCAGCCUGUCCCACAAGCCGUGGUCACCUCCUGGGUCUCGCAGACAUAUGCCAAAGACCAGAGCAAAGCAUGUGAGGCUCUGUCAGAACUGUCGGUGUGGCAGGAGGCCCCGAUCCCGGGCGGCAUGCCGGGCUGGAUGCUGGCACAGUCCUUCAAGAAGAACCUUAAAGUUGCACUGCUUGGAGGUGGAAGACCAUGGAGCAUGUCGUCGUCACUAGAACCGGAUGGCAAAGCCCGAGAUAUUGCAUUCCUCGAUGCAUAUGCUUUAGAGAGAUGGGAGUGUGUCCUGCACUACAUGGUGGGAAGUGCUCAGACUGAAGGCAUCAGUGCGGAUGCUGUGAGGAUACUACUACAUGCGGGGCUUAUGACUAGAGACGCAGAAGAUGGUUCAGCAGUCAUCACUAGAGCAGGUUUCCAAUUUCUUCUGUUGAGCACCGCAAAACAGGUGUGGCUGUUUCUCCAACACUACCUGCACACGGCCGAGAAGAGGAGUCUCAGCUCUGCGGAGUGUCUCGCCUUUCUAUAUCAACUUAGUUUUAGUACGCUUGGCAAAGACUACAGCACAGAAGGCAUGAGCAAUAAUAUGCUUGUGUUUUUGCAACAUCUCCGCGAAUUUGGAUUGGUUUAUCAAAGGAAGCGCAAAGCCGGGCGCUUCUACCCCACGCGGCUGGCGCUCAACAUCGCGUGCGUGCGGGACUCCGCCCCCGCGCUCCCCCUCGCCCCCUCCCCGUCCGCCUCCGCCCCCGCGCCGGCGCCCGCCGCGGGGUACAUCGUGGUGGAGACCAACUACAGGGUGUAUGCGUACACGCAGACAAAUCUGCAGGUCGCUUUGUUGGGACUGUUCACGGAACUCAUGUAUCGGUUCCCGAAUUUAGUAGUGGGCGUCCUAACCCGCGAGUCGGUGCGGCAAGCGCUGCGCGGCGGCAUCACGGCGCAGCAGAUCAUACACUACCUCGAGCAGCACGCGCAUCCACAAAUGUUGAAAUCGGAAACUAGUUUGAUCCGGUCGACGUCAGUGCUGCCCCCUACAGUGGUGGAUCAGAUCAAACUGUGGGAGUCAGAACGCAAUAGAUUCACAUAUACUGAAGGUGUAGUUUACAACCAAUUCUUGUCACAGGCGGACUUCACGCUGCUGCGCGACUUCGCGCGUCAGCAGCGCGUGCUGAGCUGGCACAGCGAGCGCGCGCGCAGCAUGCUGGUGACGCGCGCGGGGCACGAUCUCGUGCGCAAGUUCUACAAGCGACACUCCAAGGCUUCCUAGGCUCAGCCUCACUCGACGAACUAAUACAUUGCUCAUUCGCCGCUGUUAUUCAUGUAAUAUGAAAUAAUUAACGUUCUACAGGAAAUAAUCAUAUGACGAAUAUCUCUCAUAUUCGAUAAGUAGGUCCUUAUUACCCCCAAAUGGGGCUAGAAAAGCCCUAGGGCCGUAAUAAAAAAAAAAACUUCACAUCAUACUGGCAAUAGACAUCAUGCAUUCAGCCCAAUGAGCAAAGGGUCGCUUCGCUGUUCAGCCUUGUCUUCGUAUUAAUAUAAUAGUUGUCAAUUUUGAAUAUCGAACGGCAAAGCUCAAUUUCAUUCUUGAAAAAAAAAAUCUUUACUUGGUUAUUUUUAAUAAAAAAAAGGCGGGAAUAGAAAACUUAUAAAUUUUAACUAGGUAAUAAAAUGUUUUAUUCUUGUAAUGCCGGUUUUUUUCUACUUACCUCACAAUCAAAAUGUAAAGCAGAGUAGUCAGCUCGGCGUCAGUUGCACCCUCGAACUAUAGGCGCCUGCGCUGCGCUCAUGCGCCUAAAUAUCUCGGGCUGCAAUUAAUGCCUUACAGCCCUUGGCUACUAAUCUACUAUUAAAUACACUACAUAAUGUGGUCUUCUACGUCUGUUUAUAAGCUUUCUUUUAAACCACGCAACGAAUGCAAUUUUCUCUGUUGUCAAAAGCCGGAACGGAUCGCUAAGCAUAUGAUUAAACCUAAUAUUUUAAAAUAAUUAUAAUUUUUUGACAAUAGAAAAUUCGCCAUGUAAUAAUAGUUUUCAUUUGUCAGUCUAUGUAUUAGUGUAUGUAAUGUAUAAUAUCUUGUAAAUAAAUGAUUUUUACAUAAAGAAA